GCUAGCUGCCCGGUGGCGGAAAAUAGUAACUGUCAAAGGCAGCUCCUUUAACGACAGAGCUAUCACUCCGGCUCCGAGAGUUAUGGCGACCGCAGCGUCCAACCAUUACAGUGUCCUGACUACCGCCAGCAGCGCGCCGCGGCAGCACUCGGAGUCCGGGAGCAUGCAGCAGGCAGCGGUGUACAGGGACGCGCACACCUUGCUCCAGAACGACUACACGCUACCGGGCAGCGGUCAUCCGCUUAGCCACGCUCACCAGUGGAUCACGGCUCUGUCGCACGGGGACGGGGCUCCGUGGCCGUCGAGUCUCCUCGGAGAGCAGGACGUGAAGCCCAUUCUGCAAAGCGACCGAGAGGAGCUGCAGAAUUCCGCUAGUCUGCAGCAACAGCAGCAGCGACACCCUCACCUAGCGCACCAGGCACAUCACGACGCCAGGGCAUGGCGAACAAGCACGGCCUCUACGCACAUUCCCGGUAUGGCUACAUCUGAUGGCCAGAGCCUGGUGUACUCCCAGUCUGGGUUCGGCCUGGGAGGACCAGAGCAGAUGCACCACCACUCUCUGCAGGAGGAAGACCACCACAGCCACAGCCCACAUUUGAGCGAGCAUGGAGGCGGGGUACAGUCGUCCCUCUCUCACCACCAGCAAGGGAACCACCCGGAAAACUCGGACGAGGACACGCCGACCUCGGACGACCUGGAGCAGUUUGCCAAGCAGUUCAAGCAGCGGCGCAUCAAACUGGGCUUUACCCAAGCUGACGUGGGGCUGGCGCUGGGGACCCUUUAUGGAAAUGUAUUUUCUCAAACCACUAUCUGCAGAUUCGAGGCGCUUCAACUGAGCUUCAAAAACAUGUGUAAACUCAAACCACUGCUUAACAAAUGGCUGGAGGAGGCGGAUUCCACCUCGGGGAGCCCCACCAGCCUGGAUAAGAUCGCGGCGCAGGGGAGGAAGAGGAAAAAGAGGACCUCCAUCGAGGUGGGCAUAAAGGGGGCUUUGGAGAGCCAUUUUCUCAAAAGUCCCAAACCAGGCGGCGCGGAGAUCACCUCCAUAGCGGACAGCCUGCAGCUGGAGAAGGAGGUGGUGAGGGUUUGGUUUUGUAACAGGCGGCAGAAGGAGAAGAGGAUGACGCCCAUUGGAGGACAGUUACCGGGAACGGAGGACAUGUAUGGGGACACACCACCUCACCACGGCGCUCAAACCCCGGUACAAUGACCUUAAACCCGUUAUAACACAUGGACCCCUAAAGGAUAUGAAUGCCCCCCUGUGUUUCUCUGUGCCGGACCAGUUAGCAUUGGACCGUAGCCAGCCCAGUGCUAAUGUUGGACCUAUAUGGAACACAGUGGGGAUACCGAGUGUUAGAACUCGAGCACUACACCCCAGACACACAGAAAUCGAGAGCUAUGGGGAGUUUUCAUGCAGUGGAGAUGUGACACGCAAUUUCUGGCUACAUGGACCGUGGUUGGUGUGUGCUAACCAAAAAAGGUUCAAUAUCAUUGACAUCAAAUCGAUUUUAUAGUGAAGGCGCCAAUAUGUCGUAAUGUGUAAAAAUAAAGACAGUAUAGGCUGUGUGCACGAACCUACCCGCGGGAAACAGGCAUAGAAGUCGCAGCCGACAGUCGGUAAAUAAACGCCAUCUUUCCCUAAUAACAAAAGCAACAGGGGUUUAACACGGUCGAAGCUCAAUACACCUGCUGCACCAUUAAAUAAAAGCCAAUACUAUCACCAGCAUAUUAUUAUUAGGCCUAUUGUUAUUAUCAUGGUAGGUAUUAUUGUAAUAAACAUUAUUAGUCAUGUUUCUAUGACAAAGGCAAAGCAUAGGCCUAUAGGCAAUAGGCUAAUGUUUAUUUACAUAGAACAGGGUCAUAACGUAUGCCUGCAUGGACACAUGGGGACAUGGAAUAUAUUGACAUGUAUUUUGAGAUAUAUUGAAUCCAGUUAAUUUCAAUUCAACAUGUCAUGAUUCGUUUCAGUUUAACUAACUAUAUUUGAAUUGCAGUUUGUUAAUUACCAUACAAUAGUAAACACAGCAUAUCCUGUACUGUAGACAACAUAUUUACCAAGGCACAAUAUGUCAGUUAUAGUCUAUAAUGUGGUCAGAUUGUAUCCCAAUAAUGAAUAAAUAAAUAUCCCCAAAAUUAACGUAUCCAUAAUUUUUAAAAUAUCAUAAAAUAGGCCUACAUAAUAAUAAUAAUAAUACAGUAAUAAGAAUUGUGUCUUGUGUAUACCUUGCGAGGCACACACCAUGUAUGAGGUCAAAAUUAAUUUAAUUUUCUCUUGACACCUCAUGUCGUGUCCAUCAUGCGUACAUUUCUGCGCGCCUGUUUACAGUAGCCUAUGUCUUGUGUUUGUAUAUUUAUUUGUGUUUCCAAAAUCCUGUGAUCAGAAAGACCGAGAGACUGUAAGGACCAUACCAUAUCACUGAAGCCUGCCCUCUGCCUUCGUUUCGUAAGAAGAUAAUAACGGAAUAUAUCUGUACCAGCUCUGUCUUCAGUGGCGCCAAUUAAUCUAGACAAUGAUUAAUUCACCAAGAAGAAUUGUUCGUGGGAUGUAACUUACAUUUGUUUUUGUAUCGCUUUGUAUGUUUGUUUGUUGAAUUUUCUCUUGUCAGACCAGUGCCAAAGCACAAACACGUACGUGCACGUGCUCUUGUGCCGCUCAACUCGUGAUAUACAUGUGACAGCAUGCAGGGUUGGGGUCAACUUUGGCAAUUCCUGGAGUCAAAAUUGGUUCAUUAUUUCAAGAAUUUCGAUUUAAAAUUGAAUGGAAUCAGGAGGAGGCUGAUUCCGAAUUUGAAAUGGAAUGACAGGAAAUAUAAUUAAAUUAAUGGGAAAUUCUCCACACACUGACAUAAAUUAGAUCAUUUGUAUAGCUAAUAUUUGUGAACCAAAUUGGUUUGAAUAGCAUUACAUAUUUUCGUUAUUUACCUCAAAGUAUAGGCACAACAUCAACUUAUAUUAUGUAGACUAAGGCACUUCAGUGAGAUAAUGUGACAAAUAGCUAUCAAUAUCACUUAUACUCACCUGGCCUAGUGGCACUGAUAUACAAAACAACUAUUUCACUCAUCAUUGCAUGGAAAAUGUAUCCUAUAGGCUUAGCCUUUUUAUUGACGCCUGACUCAUCUAACGCCUAAACCUAUGAAUUGUAAGCCUAAUUGAAAAGGCUCCCUGGGAAAAUUCAAAUUGAUUAGGCCUGCACAUUCAAUACAUUUAAGGAUAGCUUAAAUUCAAUUUGUUUGAAUUGUUUUUCCUGUCAUUCAAAUGUAAAUGUAAAUUAUUAUUUUUCUUGACCAUUCAAAUUCAAACUCAAAAUGCUGUAUUGGAUUUGAGUUUAUCUAAGCAUUCUGAAUUGACCCCAACCCUAUGACUGAUCAAAUGAAUGGGGAAAAGAAAUCAAUAAUUGCACAAUUUCUAUAUUAUGUUUUUUUGUCAUUAAAAUGUAUUUGUUUUUUUUAUAA